AUGCAGACCCUCCACUCAGUGAAGCAAGGUGUAAACGUGAUCUUUUGGUUUUCAGUUGUUCUGGUCAAGGACAAAGACACGCAGCAGCCGAAGGUGGCAGGUGGCCCAGACCCCGCGUGCAUAGCCAAGGUACGUGCUGCUAUCGAGAACCAGAAGCUUCCCACCUCGCAUCUCAUUAGCAUUGGGGGCUGGAACACCCCACCCCCAGAUAUUUCUUUCUCUGGCGCUGAAUGGUUUGAUGCGUGGAAUGAGUGGAACAGCAGGCUGCCAGUACCUUUUGAUGGGUUUGACUGGGAUCUAGAAGGCAAUGAUCUGGUGACCCAUCCCUACAAUGAGAUUCAACCAGAGUGCCUACAGCUGGUCAUUGACAUGUCAGUUGCUGCCAAGAAGGCUGGCCUUCUAGUGACCCUGGCGCCGCCACAAUCCUACUUUGACGUAACCACGGGGCAGUUCAACCGAUUCCUGAACAACUCGGAUCCGCACUUCCAUCCAGAGUUCUACUACAGGGGAAGGAAUAGCUACGCUUACAUCUUUGCUGCUGCUCCGGCUGGGACCUUUGACCUUGUGGAGGUGCAGCUCUAUGAGACCUUCGCACCUGCCUUGCGGAGCUUGAAUGCGGGUGUGCUGGGCGAAGACUACCUGCGCUCAUGGGUGGCCAACCUCCUGAGCGGGUGGAUGAUCAACGUAACAGACCCACUGCUCCCACUGAAAGGGCUUGUUCCAGUUCACCUGGAUUCCAGCCGUCUGCUGGUAGGGAUAAGCUUUGCACCAGGAGGCUCUCCAGGCCGGUCUGUGUUUUUCUGGCCUGAUCAGAUUCGCCAGGCAUACCAAGCCGCUGAGCCUCAGUGGCGGCCCCGUGGGUAUGCUUUCUGGUGCAUUGGGUUGGAAGGGACCAAGGUCAAUGGCACCACUAGCACAGUG